UAAUGCUGGCUAUAUAGAGUAAUAUUGUGAUGGCAACAAAAGAUAAAUAAAAAGAAAUAAUGCCUAGGUUUGCAACACCGCAUUGUCUGUCGUUCGUUCUUUUCGUAAAAAAUUUGCAUCGUGAGAUUUUUGUGACAUGGCUGGAAAUAAUACAGAAGAAGUAGAGGGGUCCGCGACGACUGAGACGAAAGCCAACAACAAUGCUGAGGUGCCGCCAGAGUUUCUCAUCAAACAUCCGCUGCAGAACACAUGGAGCCUCUGGUUUUACGAUAACGACAGAAACAAAACAUGGGAGGAAAAUCUUAUUGAGUUGACCACAUUCGAUACGGUGGAAGAUUUUUGGAGAUUAUACCACCAUAUCAAGCUACCAUCUGAGCUGCGUCAGGGUCAUGACUAUGCAGUGUUCAAGCAAGGCAUCCGACCCAUGUGGGAAGACGACGCCAACAAGAUGGGCGGCCGAUGGCUUGUCAGUCUUGAGAAGAAACAGCGCAACUCAGAUCUUGACAGAUUCUGGCUAGAUGUGAUCCUCCUAUUAAUUGGCGAAGCAUUCGAAAAUUCAGACGAAAUCUGCGGAGCCGUCGUCAAUCUCCGACCGAGGCUGGACAAAAUUGGCAUCUGGACGGCAGACGCAUCGAAACAGCACGCUAACAUUGAAAUCGGCAGGAAACUGAAAGAGCAGCUCGGUAUUCACGGCAAGAUCGGCUUCCAAGUCCACCGAGACACCAUGGUCAAGCAAAGUUCCGCUACUAAGAAUCUUUACACUGUUUAGGCACGUUAAAUUUAUGUAAUACAACAGAGUUUAUGGGGCAAAAAGUGUGUUGGUAUAUGCUGCAUCGUCUUAUAUUCAAGACAAAGUUCAUAAAGUAAGGAUAGCGUGGUGCUAAAGUUGUUUAUCGACACAAUAAAGUGUUUGAAGUUUGUGUGUAUGAAUUAUGACAGGAAUGUAACACCUGUAUUUAAUGGGUGAUCAAAAAUAGCAAUAAAAAGAAACAUCGUAGGCUGAGCCUACGGGAAUUCCCAAGUAUUAAAAAAAGUGAAAAAAUGUUGAUCUGUCCAAGUUUAUGGUGUUGCUUCCUAUACAUCUACUACUUCCAAGAAUACAUUAUCCAUUUUUGUUAAAAUGAGACAUACGCUACUUUGCCCCAGGCUGACCGAUUGUCCCGUAAGCUGUGUUCACGUUCACAACACUAGAGUAAAUGUUUUAUUUAACAGGAGUAGUAUAUUUAGGUUUCUAUUGGUCUUGAUAUUUAUCGUACGCAUUAUGUCGUAAUGUACGUCUUGCGAGUAAUGAAAGUCUGAUUUUUGUACUAGAACUGUGCUCGUGUAUAUCGUUUGAUAACAUGGUCAAUGGAAGUUUGUGUUUACUUUGUUGACAAAUAGUUGUGUAUGAUAUAUAAAUAUUUUUAAUAUAACCGGUCUAAUAUCUACUGUCACGCUUUCUAUUCUGUAACACUUCUAGCCCUGUAACAUGUUUGGAGUCCGUACGUAUGUCAAAUAUUUUGGUAUUUUAUAAAAAAAUACACCUAAACUAAAA